GUUAGGUAAACAUUGAGUUCGCAUCGUUCUUUGGAGCCUUUCCGUUUGUCACAUUUUCCACGGUGAGCAUCAUCCGUGGUGAUCAACGACGCUCGCGAACUCCUUCACUCUGGCUGCACUUUGGCUGUGACAACCUUUGCAUCGUCUCUUGACAGUCGCCGGCAACAUCCACGAUGUCAACGUUUCCUGACGACAGCGCAGGAGGAGACUUGUCCCAGGCGAAAAGCGAUGAGGACGCCAAGGAAAACUCGGCCAACGCUGAUGACCAGGAAGCUGAUCUCGACCACGACGACACUGAACACGAUCAUGACCAUGACAAUGAACAGGAUCACGAACAGGACCACGACCAAGACGAGCCAAAGGUAGACUCACCAGAAAAUGAAAUCACUCUUCAGAUGCUCGAGGAGUCUGUAAGUCACACACCGGGCCCAAGCCUUUCUUCGCGGAGAGUCGAAGGCGCUGCCGGUGGAUCAGACAGCCAGCCGGCACCUAGCAAGACGAGGGAGCAGAUUGAAGAAGAAGAGCGCGAGAAGAUGCAGGUUCUCGUAUCCAAUUUCUCGGAAGCGCAGUUGAACAGAUAUGAGAUGUACCGCCGUUCAGCAUUUCCGAAAGCAGCAGUGAAGCGGCUCGUCCAGUCCAUCACGGGUUGCUCGGUCUCACAGAACGUGGUUAUUGCAGUGUCUGGCAUUGCAAAGGUGUUUGUGGGUGAAGUAGUGGAAGAGGCACUUGACGUUCUUGAGAAGCAAGGGGAGACUGGGCCUCUACAGCCCAAGCAUUUGCGCGAAGCUGUUCGCCGUCUCAGGGCCCGUGGCUUUAUCCCGAAUGGACACAAGCGGCCUGCCUGUUUCCUCAGGUGACAUCAGCAGAAUCAGGAAAGGAACCAGGUGAUAACUUGACAGCAGUGCAUUGUUGCUGCAGAUGCAGAGACCACAGGUGUGAAUAUGUAAAAUAUUUUAUUUUUUGCAUUCUGUACAUUUUAUCAUCUUUCUUUAUCAUAACACCGGACAUUUGUUCAUGAUUUGUGAAGUAUGAAAAUGAAAAGUAUUUAAAUAAUAAAAGGAUGUGGUGUGAUG